UAUGUUAAUAGAAAGCCUUUUAUUUCAACUUUAUCCAUAUCUAUAUCUAAAUAUCGACUGCUUCAUUUCAUGGGAAAGAAGCUUCUCAUGCACAAAUCAAUCUUCUCCAAAAUGAACUCACACUGCCACAUACUACAAUUACUUUAGUAUUAUGGUAUCCUCUUACUUCACCAAUGGAAUCCGCAAAGACUAUGUUUUGCUCCUCUCCACUUUUUACUCCAAGAAUUCACCCCUGGAACACUCUUCCUUCAUCUUCUUAUACUUCUGUUUUGAUGCUCCGGGAACAAGUUGCACCAACUGUCACAUCAUGGUGUACUAGUUUUUCGGCUCAGAAUUUUCCUACUUCAGUUCUUUUACAAGAUCAGUGUAAUGAGUAUAGGCCUCUAUUGCAUAUUUCAAAGAAAGACAAGACAUGUCAGGCAACAUUAAAAACAAGGCAGAUGGAUAUGGUUUCGGUUCAAGAAGAGAAUGACACCGGCAAUGCUGUUCAGGUGGCACAUGACUUCAGGAAGCGCCUGCAUCUCUUGCCUCGUUUAGAGAACUUAUUAACUUCCUCACGAGCAGGAGAAGUCGAUGCUUCUUCAACUCUACAGAAUGCAGAUAGUUUGCAAUGUAAUGCAGUUUCUCUUACUAGGAAAGCUUUUCCUUCCUCGAAACAAGCAGCCUCGAUAGCCGAAGACUUGAGUUCGAUUAAAGCUGACGAGGAUGCUGACAAUUCAAUUUCUUCUGGUCUAGCCUCUGCCAAUUUGGCUGAACCUUCACUUGGAAGAAAUAAAACCAUAAGAUCAACACGGCAUCGAGAGAGACGGGCAAAAGAGAGAAUGGUACCGAAAUCGAAAGUUAAAGUCAGCGAAACUCAGCUUACCGGAAAGGAUGCCGCACAGGAAAAGCUUCAUGUACAGAAGAAGACAAAUAAAGGGUUGAAUCAAAACGAUCCCUUGAACUUGUUCUUGCAGAGUCCUGAAUCAAAACAACUUUUGACUUUUGAACAAGAGUCUCAGUUGGUUGUUCAGAUACAGGAGCUAUUGAGAUUGGAAGAAUUGAAGACAAGUCUUCAAUCUCAAUUUGGAAGGGAACCAACUAUGGCUGAAUGGUCUGAGGGUGCAGGGCUUAACAUUCGGAAACUAAAGGCGCAACUUCGUCAUGGUAAUAGAAGCAGAGAAAAAUUGAUUCAAGCAAAUUUACGCAUGGUACACUACAUCGCUAAAAGUUACCAUGGACGCGGUCUCAAUCAUGAGGACUUAUUGCAGGAGGGAAGGACAGGUCUCAUAAAGAGUGUUAAAAAGUUUAAACCCCUAUCCGGGUGCCGAUUUGCUAGUUAUGCAUACUGGUGGAUAAAGCAAGCUAUAAAGAAGGCAAUAUAUCAUCAUUCCAGGACAAUCCGUCUACCGGAAAAGGUAUAUAACAAACUUAGCAAGGUAUUGGAGGCAAAGAAGUUGUACAUGGAAGAGGGAAAUAUUAACCCAAGCAGAGAAGAAUUAGCAAGAAGGGUAGGAAUUUCAGCAGACAAGGUUGACACUUUGCUAUUUGUUGCAAGAACUCCAAUUUCUAUGCAGAAAACUGUGGGAGCUGACACAGAUACAACUUUCCAGGAGAUUAUUGCUGACACUGCAAUCGAGAGCACGGACAUGAGUGUUUCAAAACAGCUUAUGAGACGACAUGUUCUCAACAUUUUAAAAAACUUACGCCCUAAAGAAAGAAGGAUAAUUCGGCUAAGAUUUGGUUUUGAGGAUGGAGAACAGAGAUCUUUAUCAGAAAUCGGGGAAAUAUUUGGUUUCUCUAGGGAAAGGGCCCGUCAGUUGGAGAGUCGGGCACUCUACAAACUCAAGAAGUGUCUUGUUGGUCAAGGACUCGAUGCCUAUGCAGACUUGCUUAUAUAGAGAAGACACCAAGGUUAUGCAUUUCAUUUUAUAUGGCCGAGUCUCACCGACUUUUCUGGCUAGAUUUUGAAUUAUAGUACCUAGAUUGAGUUUUGAAAGACGAAUUUAACCAUAAUCUGCGGCAAUUAAGGAAAAAUCAGACAGUAUAAUGAGAACCAUUAGGCUGGCAGUUGCAGAAGAAAUCGAAGUAUUAAACCGGCUGAGACUUAUACAAAUGAGAAUAUCUAUACAAAAUUAUUUUAAUGACAUUUAUUCCAAAAGCUAAACAUUAAAUAAAUGGUAUUUAUAUAUGUAUAAUGUGAAUUUUGUAUUAUGUUGCUUAUGCUAAAUGCUGUCAUUGUAAUA